GUUGUUUCACCACAAGAAAGCAACAUCACUGGAAGAAAGCAACAUCACUGGUGCGUGAUAUAUUUCCUCUAAGCAGGGCCUGGUUUCAUGUAUAUACCUCACAUGUUCAAAUUUAAGCAGUGCACCGAGUCUGCGGUGUGUGUGUAUGACCUGGUUUGAGGGUGAUCCAAAUCUUUACAAAAAGCUGCACUUAGUAAAGGAAGAAGAGGAAGGACAAAGUAACACUAUUUUCUGAGUAGAAACAAAUGUAUCUUGAUUAGCAGCUUUAUGAUUACUUGACUGGGAAGAGUUUCAGCAUGUGCUCUGAACGCAGAAACUUGACCUGGACACCGAUGCUUCUGAUUCUGUCUGGUGUUCUCUGCAAAGAGUGGAAAGUGGACUAUCAACUGCCAAAUAUCUGUGCAGUGAAAGGCUCGUCUGUUGUCAUUCCAUGUUCAUUUGACUAUCCUGACAACAAAGUGAAAAGUGUCAUGUGGGGUCAUGAAAGGAAUAAUUUUUAUGAUGGUCCCUUCAUAUUUAACAGCAAAUCAGUAGAUAACACCUCAAGGUUUCAGUAUAUUGGUGACAGACUUCACAAUUGUUCAUUUAGAAUAGACCAAGUAGAGCAUAAUGAUACAGGUAAAUAUGUAUUCAGAUUUGAGACUAACCUCCCAAGUGGCAAAUGGACUGGUAAAGAUGGCUCAAAAUUAGAUAUUUUUGAUCUGAAGACUUUGGUGACGAAAACGAAUGGAAAUGGAGCAAUGAAAGAAGGCGACUCUGUGAAUCUGACCUGCAAAGAGAGCUGUGAUGGUGGUGACCUCUCAUCUGCUUUCACCUGGUUUAAGGAUGGAAAAGCCAUAAGUGAAGGACGUGCACUUUAUUUAAGCAACAUUUCCUCCACAAACUCUGGAAACUACACUUGUUCCAUAACAACACACAAAGGAACAAGUUCAGAAGUCAUAAAUAUUAAUGUUGAAUAUGGCCCUAAAAACACAUCAGGGUCUGCCAGACCAUCGACGGAGGUAGAAGCCAGUAGCAACAUAACUCUCACCUGCAGCAGCUAUGCAAACCCACCAGUGGAGAAUUAUACUUGGUUUAAAAUAGUUGAUCGUGAUACGGGCGUCGUUUCUGUUGGAAAUAAGUUUGAACUGCACUUUAGGGUGGUUUCUCCUGCCGUUGAUGGCCAGUACUUCUGCAGUGCCACCAACAAACAUGGGAGUCAAAACUCUUCUAUUGUGACUUUAAAGGUUAAAGCAUUUUCUCCAAACAGCGUAUUUACCAGAAAUGUAGUCAUCAAUGCUACUGCUGCUACUGUUACUGCACUUCUGAUUGUGACCAUUAUUAUUGCUGUCAGGAAACUCAACAAAGGAAGGACAAGAGCGCCAGAGACUGAUUGUGAGGAGGUCAAUCAGAAUGUAAUCUACCUCAACUGGCCCGUGUUUGAAAACAGCCAGUCACAAGAAGGAAAUCAGUGUGAGGGAGUAUCAACGGAACUCACCUACAUAACUGUUGACUUCAACACCAAGAGAAAGUCAAACAGGCAGCAGCAGAUGGACUCGCAUAAUGAUGACGAUGGUGUGGUUUACAGCUCAGUGUGCAGGACCACAUCUUGAACCCGUCGUACACUGAACAUCUCUGACAGGCACAUGCUGUUUUGCAGUAACAGGAAGGAAAAAAAAUGUGCUGAAAUAUCAAAACAAAAACAGGAACAAUGCUAAAUCUUGUUGCUCCUAAAUGAAGAAAGGGCACUAUUAUAAAAGUCAAAUGGAAUUUAGUUGAAUGCUGCAGUUUACUUAAGAUACAGGAAGAGGAAUGAAGAGGAUAUUUUCUACAGAAUUAAUACAUUUACACCAGCUAUUUCUUUAAUAAUGGCACAUACUCAUAUGUUGUCAGUUUUACAGGAGGCUGGUGUGUAUGGGCAACCAAAGUCAAUCUCAAGAUGAUCAAAAAAUAUGUUAGAAUAUGUUUCUUUUAGUGCAGGUUAUUUUAUUCCUUUCAUCAUGCCUCUAGGUCAAAUGUGCGUGGAUGCACUCACUGGUUGUCAAGGUGCUUUCUGGUGCUUGGUGUUUUGCAAAUUAGAGAUGCUCUUGUUUUGUGUUUUUUUGGCACAGCAAAAGUUAAUUUGCUUUCUGUAGUCUUACAUCCCUGAGGUUCUCAGGAGGAGCUUACUAAAUUAUAUCCCCUACUGAGGCUAUAGACAAUUGCUUCAGGUCCAAUGGGCUGGAAAAGUUGAAAAUAUGUGAAAGAAAUUAAAUCAUACAUUUAUGUGAAGCAUAAACUAUUAUAUUGGACAAAUGAGAGCAAAACAAAAACUGUACAGUGAAACAGUAAGAGAAAGCACUUUUGCUCUUACUGGAGAGUUUUUCAGCGUAAAAUUGCUCCUUGAGUGAACGUGAAACAGUUUUGAUCAUGACUCUCAUUAAGGUUCAGUCUUUUGUUCAUGUAACACUGUGUCAUCGCCCUGAAAGUUUGAAGAAUGUCCUCUCACAACAUCUGCCUGGUCGUCCUCUGGGGUUUCAUUGAUGUAUAUGUGAAAUAAUACACCUGCACUUUUAUUACGCAAACAUUCAUCAUUAAUAGCCAUUAAUAACCUUUUGGUAGAUGCCCCUAAAUGCAGGUCAAUGGACAAAAUGGCUCUGACAUGCUUCUUGUAUAACUGCAUCUGACAAUAAACAACUCGGAAAAGCUCUGUGGUUCUAUGAGUCUCUGAACACCUUGCAAACAGCUGCUCGUAUGGUUAUUUCAAUAGUAUCCACUGAUGUGUUUUUUUUCUUAACUUGACUCAUGCAUGCAGCAGCUUCAGUCGUGUUUGUAAAAUUAUUUUUUUUCUAAGAUAACUUUUUUUUUUUUUUUUUCAAAUAAGCACAGCAUUCAUAUGUGAAAUCCUUUGGUUCAGUUCUCUGGUUGUAGUAAAAAUAAAAAAAUAAAGAGU